AGCCGCGCGUUCGCGAAACAGUUUGGACCGUUUGGGCCGUUGAACCUCGUCAGGAAUGUUCUGAGCAAGCCGGGGAACCGUGUUCAGCAGUCGGGAACAAGUGAAAGUUCUAAAUCCACUAAGGGAAGUGUGAGCUUGUUUGUACACUGUGCUGUGAUGGGAAAUCAAGUGAAAAUGAAAUGCCCAACCCGGUCAAUCCUGCUGGUAGUGCUAACGAUCUGUGUAACGGGUUCCGUCGGGGGAAGUCGUGGGCUGUCCUACGAGGAACUGCUGAAGAAACUAACCGAUGCCAAGGCCAACGCUGGGGCCGUUGACGUGAGGACGAACCUGCGAUCGAUCCGUGAGCUGGCCAUCCAGAGUGGUUUGAUGGUGCCGAGAAAUGAAACGACGACGACGACGCCGGUGACGACAAGUUUGCCAAGUUCUGCUCCAGCUCUGCGCGAUCAUCAGCUUUUGGAGUUACGACGGAUUGAUCCUAGCCGGAAAGAGCAGGCGACCGCAAUGAUGGGUCGCAAAAAGGGUCAAGGUGGAGGAAGCAACAACAACAUCGUUGUAACCGACGGCGGAGGUGGCGGCCAUGGCGGCGGUUCGUACCACGUGUACAGCGAAGAAAGCGGCGAGGGUGGCAAAAAGGGCAAAAAGGGUCGCAAGAAGCGGAACAAGCGCAAGAAGCACCGCAAGGGCUGGAAGAAGCACAUGAAGAAGGCGGUCCCGAUCGGGUUGGGAAUUUUGGCGCUGAAGGCCCUGCUGCUGCACUUUGUGCUGAAGAAGCUGGUUCUGGCUACCGGGCUGUCGCUGCUGCUGAGCAAGAAGUCGCUGCUGGUGUCGGCGUUGAUCGCGUUGAAGCUGAUGUUCCAGCAUCCUCACAGCAGCGAUAAGACCGAGAGUAGCAAGCUGGAGGUGGUGCACAUUCCGAUCCGGAAGGAAACGGGCUUCAACAAGAAGAUCCAGCUGCAGAAGGUAAAGGUGAAGCCACAGUUCAAGAUUAAAAAGCUGAGCACGACCAAAAAGCCUGGCUACGGACCGUACGCGAUCAAGCACACGCACCAGCAGAUGGAGGACUUUGGUGGAAAGUACAUCCCGCUAGGUUACGAGUCCCAACAGCACAACUAUUAUGACAUUACGACGCCACCACCGUCGACGUACGUCGACCAACUCCCGGAAACCGGCGAGGACAACUUCUUCGACGUGAACGAUCUGCAGUUUGCCCGGCGGGAUGGUUGGGACGGAUGGACCGGUUGGAACCGGGGCGAAGCCGGAGAUCCGUACGGUGGAGCAUUCGAGCAGAAGCAGUUCAGCGAUGGUGGCGACUACGGGCAGAGCUAUUACAACAGUCACGGAGGGUUCUUCCAGCAGCAGCAGCAGCAACAACAGCAGAACAACGAGUGGACAGGCCAAGUGAGCGGAGACAGUCAAACGCCAUACAAGCAGCGGAACUUGGCCCAGAUGAAGUACAGAAGAAGGCGGCUGGCAGUCGGGAGGACUGUUAAAUGAGGAUUGAUGGAAGGCUUGUUUUGUUGAGAGUAAAUAAAUAGCUAAUUAAUUAUCUUUAACCAUACCAAAAAUAAUGAAACUAAAUCAAAGAUGCUACAAAUAAAGCUACAUAUUGAAAGUAUUAGGUAUAAGUAUUUAGCAUUUAGUAACUUAUUCAUAUUUACUUGCUACAAACCACAAAAGUGUAUCGUUAAGUCUGGAUUGGAAGUUCUCAA